CGAAAACUUCGCUCUUCAUCUUCUCCUGGCACCGUGUAGCAGCACUGCCUUGCUUCCUUCAUCACAGGAAACCCGAAAAACACUUGAUCGUUCGAUGAAAACUUGUCAUGCAGAACCUACUUACAUUAUUUUUGCUGCCUUCAUUAGCCCGUAUUGUUCUUGCUGGUCUCGUUGAUGCAAACGAAGGACGUAGAGGGGGAGAGCUUAUGCGCUCUCAUAGCUGUUUUUCUGGUUUUACGACCACGCAACGCAGCAGCGACCACUUGGACCAUUUGGUGCAUUUUUUCGAUGUAAUAUGCAAGUGAAAAACUGUCUUUUAUUACGGGAACCUGCAUAACAGAUUUUCUUCUCGUCUGAUCGUGUAGGACGUCAUGCAUGGCGAGCACAUGUUGAAGCCAUGCAUGAUCACUACCACAUGAAAUUCCACAUGAAGUAGUGACGAGGAUGUCCUCCUGGUUGAUGUCCUCUGGUCUGGCAAGUCUGACCCUCUCGCAUGAUCAUGAUCUGCAACUACACACAGCUACACGACGCACACAACCACAGUUUUUUUUCUACUUGGAUAUGUGAGUGCGUCGGAAGCGGAAGGGGAACUACCACCGAGAUCCACCACUUCCAGGGGAACGGUGCCAGUAGUACCUAUUGGCGCUCACGCAAACUGUGCCGGAAGCGGAACUACAGAAGGCGGGGUGAUCAGUGGGCGGGAUUAUACGAAGCAAACUUACAUACAUCAACCAGGAAGUAGCAGUUCUACUACAACCACGGCGAAGUUCUUUGGUCAAGCAGGAACGGGUUUUGGUCUACUCCCUGCCGGUGAGCAACAACAAAUAAAUCCGAGGCCUCCCGUAUCGUACAAAAAAUGUGUUUCACGAUAACAGCGAGGAUUUUUUUGCAAGUUUCGCAUCACUAGUGUGUUACUACACAUGACAAGAAAGAAAACUUGCCAUGAUGUGUGCUUCCUAAGGGAAAUAAACGCGCUCAAAAACCCAAUGUCUUACUACACGCGUAGCAAGAUGCUCAACUCUAUACAUCACAUGUUUACAGUGAAGCAGUUUUUUCUUGCGAUGUCCCAUCGACCGGUCCAAGCGCUACGACCGGUUCCUGCGUCAACUGACAAGAUCGCUGCUUGCGGAAGGGAAGCGGGCCGAAGCAGACGUGCUGUACUUGGAGCGCAUAUAUCCAGUGGUGCGAAUACCAUAAAUAAUACCGCACUCGGUGUAAUUAUUGCAGUCUAAUCUUGCAUGACAGAUUCAGACUUGAUGCCUCCUUUGACGACAUUCAGCAUUCUUUUUAAAAGAUAUUUUUGUCAUACCUCCUGCGUCGAUCUCUACUACUACAACGAGUACGAUUUUUCAUGCGGCUUAUUUUGCACUGCAUAGAACACGGGACUUCUGGCUGAAAUUGGAUAAGGAGCACAACGGCUGCAUAUCAAAUGCAAAUAAUGUCCUCUGGAAGAAUGCAGCUUUACUGUUAUGCGCAUUGUUUUUGUUGUAGAAGUAGAUCGUGAAGAUCGAUGGCGCAAGAAGCUGUGAUGCACCGGCAGCAAAAACGUGUCAAUGUGUCCUGUUUUCUGUCGCAACCAGCAUUGGAGAGGAUUUUUUGUCAUGCGGGUUAUUAAUUAGGCAUUCAUCAUAUCAUCAGUAGAAAAUGAACGUUUCUCAAAAGCUGUGCUGAAGAUGCAAGACCCUGCAUUCCUUCUGUAGUGAAGAUGCAAGGCAUGCCAGAUCUGCGCCUCGAAAUAAACCACGAGCCUUGCUGCAUUUUGCCAGAACCUCCAGGCAUGAUUUUUCAAUUGAUACUGCAUCGGGUUUGAAGAUUUCCGGCGGUUGAUGUAUGAGCUGGCGCGAUCCAAGGAAAACUACGACCUCCCCGAGCCGCGGCUGCGCUCGAUAUCUUGGUUAAAAGCCCCGAUGUUACUACCCAUAUUACCUCACUGUCACGAAGGGACUACUUCUGCAUGGCAAAUCCUAAAUCCACAAGUUUUGAACAUUUCGCACGACAAAUGUAGAUCUAGAUCUUCUAGAACAUUGUCGUGAGUCGUGCAUAAAGCGUGGCUGGAACACAAAGCCACUUGCUGGUGCUACUUAGAACAUCACAGAGGACAUCAUACCAGAUCUGCAUGUUGACAUCGCUGGAGUCGGGGGUAGUAAGUACGGUUUUUACACAGGAUGCUCGAUGUGGGCCGUUUUGGUCGGCGGGGGCAGGUUAUCCUGUGCACAAGUAUCGUACAACUCAUACUAAUGGUGCCAGAUAUGCAUGUUGUACAAAAACAAAUCCACUUCCUAAGGUUAAGGUAAUCAAUCCAGCAUGAAGACUUUCCAUCCUUAGAACACCUGUAAUCAUGCGUUUUUUGCUACAGCUACUUUUUGUUCUUCUCGUAGAGUGCGAUGAUCCUUUUGCAAUGCAUACAAGCAGCCAGGGGCGGGCCGGGCAUUCGGACAGAGCCGGUCGCCGUCGCCGGCCGGAGCUGGAGGAGGAACAUCCUCGUCCUCGCAAACGUAUCAUGAUCACGGGAAGAGCAGUACGUCGGAGACGUUAAUCAACAGCAGCAGAAGCAACUACGGGACGACGGGAGGAGCCAGCACAUCUUACGACGGGAGUAGAGAUGCAAAUAGUAGAGCUGUUGGUCAUGAUAAGGAUAUUAAUCAUGGAGCGGCCAGCAGCUGCACGUUGAUUGCUGGAAUGAGAACUGCAAGCGGCGACAUAACGACACCAGGGAAUGAAGAUAAAGAUCGUAACGCGUCAUCUGCGCAACCACAGACGAACCUGAUGAAUGCGAAUCAGUAUCAGGAGCACGAAGGCGACAGUGCAGACCGGAAGAACGUCUACGCGAGCUACGCCAGAAUUGGACUUGGAGGACAAGAAUUACAUCAACAUCAUCAUCAGGACAAAGGUCUCGGCGCAGGAGGAGAACAUCCGUCUUCCUCACCGCCUCUGGCGGCUUCAUCUGCUGGCAUCGCUACAAGGAGCGACAAUCUUGUUCCGGGUGCUGUCCAUCACGACCCGCAAGAUUUUAACACAGUCAGUUUCGAAGACUUUGUAAUGUACUGGCUGCAAAACAUAUGAGAUGGAAUACCUAAAAAGCUCGCAUCGCUAUCAGAAGCUGCAUUUUAUUUCGCAUGAUAUUUAUACAAAAAUCAGGGUAACAUAUGGAUAUGCAAAUGGAAAUGAAAUUGAAAUGGUAUGUGCGGUUCGAGUUCACGUUUGCCAAAACAAGUAGAACAAGCUCCAAAUAAGAACAAUGACCGUGUAAACCGUCUACUUCACCGAAAGAAGAAAAACUUUUACUUGUGAUGCAAGAGUUGUGGAACAACCAUAACUGAAACUGUCAUGUGCUUAGGUCCCACCGACGUGCUCAAUUGAAUCGUGCAACUAUGCCUGAUACUGAUAGCAUAGAGCUUUAUCUCACUUUUACAAAACAGCGACGACCUGUAUCGUGAGGAAAAACUGUCUCAGUCUCAAACCUCCUUUGCAGAUUCAGUUGCUCAGCAUCACACGGAAAACCUGCGAUGCGUCGGUACAUCAAGAGAAAACACCUAUGGAAGAGGACUUUCUUGCACGUCGAGCAUGACAAAAAACUGUCUCAAGGAAGUUGCGCAUUACAAGUGGAGGUUGAGACAGUUUUUUCUCAGGAUAAGCUGCUGUGGCUUGACAUCAUGGUCGCGCGCAAGGACUAUCCCCGAGAAAACAGGUAGCACAACAUGCAGAAUUAGGACAAGUAAGAAAGCUUCUAAACGCUUUUUUGUGCAAAUUCGAAAGAAACAAAUGUGAAACAUCAUAGAUGAACCUCGAGAGAUGAACAACAUCAACAUGUUCAAAGAUACGUACGCAAAGAAUACUUAUGACAUGUCGGCUGUUUUCCGUGUGAUACUACUCGUAAACCCCGGCGGAACAGCAUUCUCCACCAUAAGGCCAGUCUUCAGGGUAUCCAGUGCGAAGAGAAAUAUGUCUGGGUCUGGAAGAUUGCAACACGAUAGAAGACAUUACAAGAGAAAAGUUUGUCAUGAGUUAUUGCGCUACACCUACAGUGCCAAGUGUUGGUCAUGGAUAAAUGCGCGUUGUCUUUCUCCUUGUCAGGCGGUUUGCGCUUGAUCACUUCGGUAGCCUGACUACCCAAGUCACUUAGAAGAAGCUCCUCUUCAUGCGUGGGCCCGUAUAAUUGGAUGUUGCUCAUCAGCUGCACAUUGGCAUCACAAGUUUCCAGACCCAAACUACUUACACAGUUGCGCUUCAUACAGAGUGCCCUGGAGGAUGCGGAAAACGGCGGGUCGCCCAAUGGGCUGCCCUCGCACAAGGAACUGCACAAGGGCCUCCAAAAGUACAUCGAGAUGACCAGCCCAACAAGGAAAAACCUCGCUGCAAGCGUAUGACCCGCAGCUCAGCCCUCAGGGGAUCAUGUUCUCACCAACUAUCUCAACUGCUAGCUAAGACUUGAUAGGCAAAUUUUUUAUAUCUGCAACCGAAAAUAAAAUAGGACCAUUGUCAUGAAGAUGAUGCCGUGCGACCACGACGUAGACGCGGUCGACUGGUUUGUUUUCUACGCCAUGCGCGGAUGAACUUGCUAGGAAAAAAUCCAGUUGUAUCAAGAUGUUGAUAUGCUGCACAGCAGUACAGCCUGCGCUCAUGUUUUUGCGCGACUCCCUAGUCAUUGAUCAUUUGCAUUGCAAGUUGUACUAUCAAGUAUGAAACGAAACAUGCAACAGUUGUUGAGCACGUGGUGAAAAACUUCGUUGACGAGCCCAUAACGAGCGUCCGACGACAUGUUUCGAAACUUUAUUCAACAGCUACGGCAGUGCACAGGUCAUGGUCAUCCCCACCACUUGCCAUUUCAAGCAGGGCAUGGACAGCAAUAGAAAAACCACGGGCGAACAUACUACAGAGUAUGGUGCAUGAAGACAACGAUAAGUUGUAGUUCCUCCGCCGAGUGUAGUACUAGUGCUCCUCGUUGGCUGCACUUUGCAUGGCAAAUGAAGGACAGGGGGAAGAGGGCUGUGCACUCUCAUAACAGCAGAGCAGCGGUGCGUGGAACAACAAUUCAUGAUGACAUUUAUGAAAUUGCAAGGACAACAAGACGAAAGUAACGAACGAGAAGUUCGUUGGAAAAAAUGAAAUGCACUUCAGACCGAGACAGAUGAACUGUAAAUCGUUUCGAUUGGUAAACCACGUUGUCAAAUUUUCGAAGCAAACAAACAUGUAUUCUCUUUGUCGCAUAAGUAUAGCGGUAGAUGAAGGUCGUGAAGCUUUCCUGUAUGAUUUUGAUGAAGUACGAGAGAACCACACGGUGGCAGUGACCCGGAACGUUGAUACUUCUACCCUGUGACUGAAUCUUAAUUGAUGAAAAACAAAUGUGAACUUUUAGUAGUGCUCAACAUGCCUCCUCAUCCUCAACAGCCUGAUACUGAAGAUGAAGAUUCAACCUUUUGCUCGAACAUAAGCGGUAUAAU